AUGGUGUCCUUCGAUGUGAAGUCGCUUUACACAAGCGUGCCCAUUGACUUCGCCGUCAAGGUCUGCACUGACGCUCUCGAAUCGGACCCAAGUCUUCCAGAAAGGACACCGCUCGAGGCUCCAGAUCUCAGCAGACUUCUAGAGUUUUGUCUGAGCAACACAUACCUCACGUUCCAGAAAAAGUUAUUCAAACAAGUCCAUGGAACCGCAAUGGGAGCCUCGAUCUCAGUCACCGCAGCGAACUUGGCAAUGGAGUCACUGGAGUCCCGUGCCCUGUCUAGUUUCAACCCACGUCCAAGGGUAUUCCUACGCUACGUGGACGACUGUUUCUCAGUGGUUAAGAAGUCUGCUUUGAGCGCUUUUCUUCUGCACCUUAAUAGCAUGGAUCCAGCCAUACAGUUCACGACAGAGGAAGAAGUUAAUGGUCGUCUGCCAUUUUUGGACGUGCUCGUGAAACGCGACGGCAGUAGGUUGUCGUUCAGUGUCUUCAGGAAGGAAACUCACACUGGCAAGUACCUAAGUUUCAGCUCUGUGCACCCGAUGUGUCAGAAGAAAUCGGUGGUCGCUUCACCUGUACGUAGGGCGGAGAAACUUUCCUCAACUCCGGAGAACCAAGCGGCCGAGCUAGCCACGAUACGCCGUGACCUCUCAUCUUCGGGCUACCCCAGUUCGCUUAUUCAAGCUGUUAAAAAGAGCUUAGCUCAUCCUACGCCAAAUGACUCUCAACAACACAACGACAAGGAGAGGAGAAAAAAGAUUCCUGUGCCGCACGUCCCCGGCAUAAGCGAAGGUCUGUCCCGAAUCCUUCGGGGGUAUGAAGUCGACGUCGCUCACGUGCCUACGCGCAAGCUCAGACAAGCUGUGGGGACGGUGAAAGACAAACUCGAUAAGGAGAAGUUCCCGGGCGUCGUGUACAGAAUUCCUUGA